ACAACAAACAUACUUACGUGACAUGUAACGACACGCAUAUCCGUCUGUGCUGACCUUGCGUCUUCCUGUAUUGUCGCAGUGUCGGAUAGCGCUCCAUGUGGCCUUUCAAAUCUAGUUAUCCGGUGAAAGCCCUCGCUGAAUUGAAGUCGCACUACGACUUCAUCGUCGUUGGGGGCGGUACAGGCGGAUGUCUCCUCGCGCGAAGACUCAGUGAGGACCCACGAUUUUCAGUGCUGCUCGUGGAGCGGGGCGACGCCUCCAACUCGUUCCUCGACACCACGCCCCUUCUGUCAAUGCACCACCUCUCCACCGGGAAACACAGCACAGUCUUCGACAGUGUUCCAGACUCGAGACUCGGGCGUUCCUGGACCCUCAUUACAGGCCUUGGUCUAGGCGGCACUUCGCGCAUCAACGCCAACAUCUACACGUGCGGCGUCCCCGCUCAGUAUAAUGCCUGGCAUGCGCAGGGCCGGGAUGGCUGGUCUUACGAUGAGAUGAAGCCGUAUUUCAUGAGGUCGCAGAACUGGACCGGGCCGGUGCCUCAGGAGGACCAUGGCGUAGAUGGUCCCCUGGAUGUACGAUCAUUCGAAGCAUACACGCAUGGAUGUUCGCUGAGGGCUGCAGAGGCGGCAAGGAAGAUCGGAUUCAGGCAGACCGUCGACGUGAAUUCACCCUUCGAGCCCAGCACGGGCGUUAACAAGGUGCAGUACACGCUCGACGCAAGCGGCCGACGACACUCGUCCUUCCGCGCAUUCCUGCCGGCGGACGUCGUCGCGAACCGACCGAACCUCCAUGUCUGCUGCGGCGUCAUCGCUACGAAGCUAGAAAUUUCAAAUGGCAACGACAAUACCCUCAGCGCAGAGGCAGUGGAGUUGCAGAGAUUUUCCGGGGGUAGUGCUAAGCGUGUCAUUACCGCUCGGAGAGAGAUUGUACUCUGUUGUGGCGCGUUGCGCACACCCCAGUUGCUUUUGUUAAGUGGUGUAGGUCCGCAGGAGCAUCUACGCGAAGUCGGCAUUCCAGUGGUCAAGCAUGCCCCCGGAGUCGGAAACCACUUGCAAGAUCACAUUCUCGUGCAGUCGUCUUUCAACUGCCCGAUGGCAGAUUCACUCUACUCCGUAUUCCGACAGCCACUCACCCUUCUGCGGGAGCUCUACAACUAUCUCCGACACGGCACCGGCGCACUUCAGUGUUUCAUGGUCGAGACAGAGAUCUUCAGUCUCUCGAGUGUAAUUUCCGCCGACGGCACGCCCACUGCGCUGUCUGCAGAGCAGCAGGAUCCAUACAGCCCUGACAAUGUGCCCGACAUCUGUGUAAUGAUAUCUACCGUCGGUGAUCCCAGGAGACCAGGCACGGACCACUUGAAGGGCACCAUGGGCAUCGACGCCGGACUCAUGCUUGCGAAGUCGACGGGUCACCUCCGCCUACGCUCUCGCGACCCACGAGCACAACCCAUCUGCGACAUGCGGUACGCGACAUCCCCAGACGACCGCAAGGCUCUGCGCGCGGCCCUCCGCGUCACUGCGGCCAUGGCUGAGCAGCUGCGUGUGGACGGCUACCCGCUGGAGGCCGUGCACGCCCCAGACACAACGAGCGACGUCGCGCUGGACGAGUACAUCGACGAGAACGUGGAGACGAUGUACCAUUACUCGAGCACGUGUAGGAUGGCCCCGGAGGAGGACGAGUGUCCUGGGGUCAUUGAUGACAAGCUCCGCGUCCAUGGCAUUCGGAAGCUGCGAAUAGCGGACGCGAGCGUGUUCCCGAACUGUCCUGCUGCUCAUCCGCAGGCUGUCGUGUAUGCAUUUGCUGGGAAGUGUGCUGAUCUCAUGCUCAGAUCAUGA